AUGGGCUUGCUUACCCUUGUCGAAGAUCGACCGACUCCAUCAGCUGUCUAUAAUUGGAGAGUCUAUGCUUGUGCAGCCGUAGCCUCUUUUGCAUCAUGCAUGAUUGGCUACGACUCUGCGUUUAUCGGGACCACCCUUGCCCUUCCUAGUUUUGUCCACGAAUUUGGUUUCCNNAAGCAGAUGAAGGCACAGCACCUAGCUCUUAUCAAGGCAAACAUAGUUUCUGUCUACCAGGCCGGCGCAUUCUUUGGUUCGUUGUUCGCCUACGCUUCUGCGUACUACCUUGGUCGCAGAAAGAGUUUGUGGGUAUUCGUCACUGUCUUCAUGGUGGGCGCUGGCAUUAUGUUAGCCGCUAAGGAUGGGGAUUUGGCGCCGAUUUAUGCUGGUAGAGUACUUGCAGGCGUGGGUGUUGGUGGAUCUUCCAUGAUUAUCUCGCCACCCGCUGUUCGUGGCCGAUUGGUCGGUAUCUACGAACUGGGAUGGCAAAUUGGCGGCCUUGUGGGCUUCUGGAUCAACUACGCCCUGGNNAGUGAGACAAUGGGUCCCAGCCGUCGCCAAUGGCAGAUCCCUUUCGCAGUGCAACUAAUCCCAGGCGGUCUUCUCAUGGUCGGAAGCCUCUGGCUCAAGGAGUCGCCUCGCUGGCUGUACUCGAAAGGAAGACGAGAGGAAGGCCUGAGAAACCUCUGCUGGAUCCGCAAGCUUCAAAGCAAUGAUCUCUACAUUGUAGAGGAAGUUACCUCUAUCGACUCCGCGCUCGAUCACCAGGCGUCCACUAUGGGUAUGGGCUUCACCGCCCCCUUCCAUGCCGUUGCAAAGAGUCGUACAGUCCAGUGGAGAUUCUUCCUCGGCGGCAUGCUAUUUCUUUGGCAGAACGGCAGUGGUAUCAACGCCAUAAAUUACUACUCGCCUACGGUGUUCAAAUCGAUCGGAAUCACAGGUACCAACACUGCGUUCUUCACAACCGGCCUCUUUGGUGUGGUAAAGACAAUCCUGACUAUUGUAUGGCUUCUGUUUCUUAUCGACAAGCUUGGUCGUCGCAACCUUCUUAUGAUCGGUGCCGCUGGUGGCUCAGUUUGCAUGUGGAUCAUAGGCGGCUACCUCCUUGGGACUGAUUCUGAGAGAAAGGGAACCGAACUGGGCCCGGGCGGUAUCGCUGCGCUAUUCUUCUUCUACCUGUGGACUGCAUUCUACAGCCCAUCGUGGAAUGGAACCCCUUGGGUUAUCAAUUCCGAGAUGUUCGACUCANACACUCGAUCUCUUGGACAAGCUUCAAUGUUCCUUAACAUGGGACCCUCUGGCUGUGGAGUAUAUUUCUUCUUCGCCAGCAUGAUGAUGCUCAGUAUCGUGUUCGUCUGGUUCCUAGUGCCAGAGACGAAGAGUAUUCCUCUGGAAGCCAUGGACCGUCUGUUCGAGAUCAAGCCUGUUCGCAAGGCCAAUAAGGUCGUCAUCGAAGAAGUCAGACUUCGUGAGGAAGAGUUCCGCCAUGACGCAGAGGGAGCAGGAUUGGAUGCAGCUAAGCAGGAUGUGGUGUAUCAUGAAACCGUGGGAAAGAUCUGGAUGCCAACCAAAUCGCAUUACAUCCCGAUCCAAGACACCAAGCAGACCCAGCCACUUACACCGGAGAAUGACUUAUCCGAAGCCCAACAUCUCAUCGGAAAGAUUCUUUGCAACUUGGAGAUGGACACAUUCAUCUACACCAGCACCCCCAGCCGAGUAAUCUUCGGCCAGGGCAAGAUUAACACGUUGCCAGCAGAGAUCGAAAAGCUUCAAGUGUCACGAUGUCUUGUUCUUUGCACGCGAGCGCAGAUCACGGACGCGNAAAAGUUGUCUCUCCUGUUGGGUGACAAGGCAGUGGGCAUCUUUGACAAUGCAACCAUGCACACACCUAUUCACAUUACAGAAGAGGCGUUAGCCUUGGCGAGGAGCCUGAUGGCAGACAGCGUCGUCAGCAUCGGUGGAGGAAGCACGAUCGGUUUGGGCAAAGCCAUAUCGUUCAAGGCUGGCAUGCCUCACAUCUGUAUUCCCACGACUUAUGCAGGAAGCGAAAUGACACCAAUCCUCGGACAAACCGUGGGAGGUCGCAAGACUACAGAGUCGCACCCUGAUAUCAAGCCGGAUGUGGUCAUCUAUGAUGUCGAUCUGACCAUGACGCUGCCUGUUGAGCUGAGUAUGACGAGCAGUAUCAACGCUAUCGCACAUGCGGUUGAAGCUUUGUACGCCCCCGACACCAACCCCAUCAUCCAACUUUUGGCCGCAGAUGGAGUAAAAAGCCUGGCCGAAGCUCUACCAAACAUCAAGAAAGACCCAAUGUCUGUUGCAGCUAGGACCCAGGCUCAGUACGGUGCCUGGUUAUGUGCAAUUUGUCUGGGAAGCACANAAAUGGCUCUUCACCACAAGAUCUGUCAUGUUCUUGGAGGCACUUUCAAUCUUCCCCACGCAGACACACAUACCGCUGUCUUGCCGCAUGUCCUCGCAUACAAUGCUCCAGUGACUCUCCGUGCCACGGAACUGUUGGCACGAGCUUUGCCGGACAGCAAUGGCGAUGCUGUCGAAGGGCUGAACAGGUUACUCAGCAAGCUGGACUUGACAUUCGACCUAGCGCGUUUUGGCAUGCAAGAAGCAGACAUAGAUAUCGGUGUCCAGCAGACACUUUCUAAUGCGUACUCAAACCCAAGGAAGAUCGAAGAGAAGGCACUCCGGGAAGUAAUUCGCCGCUGCUGGGCGGGUGAAAAGGCAAGACAAGACCUGUGA